AACUAGCUUAGCCUCGCGUGCGACUCUAGUGACUCUAGUGACUCGUAUAGUUAAUGAAAUUUAUACUCACAGACUUGCUGGCGUCCUGGGCGCGCUCGCUACCUCUCGAGACUGACAAUAUCAGCCCCAUUAUCGUCCAGGAAAGCUAUGACAUUUCUUUUUUUUUUCCUUCUUUCCCCAUCAGCCGUGAGACCGAUGGCCUGUUCCAGAAAUGGUCAGAAAGGGUGGGGAGGAGGAGAGAUUUCUUCAUCGCUUCUCCCUUCUCCGGCCGGCAACGGUACUUUCCCAGAACAUACACUUGUACCGCCUGUGCAUUUAUCCCUUGUGACAAGCAUUCCAUUGGGCAUGCCAUGCCAGUGACGAGGUUGUUGCGGGGCAAGCUGAUUGGAUGCACCCUUUAUGGACAAUUGCCUGAUUGGUUAAAGAGAAAAGUUUCUACCGAGUUGAUAAUCUGGCUAACAAAACCCGUGGACGAUUGAAUAUGCGUGCGUAUCGGUGGCCAAGAUGGCUUAUGGAUCCCCUUGCCGCCCCAAAGAGUACUCGUAUGAAAAGCCUCGACGCUGGGCAUCAUCGGGCUUUGAAUAGACGAGCAUGUCCUCCCUCAUUUGUCACGGUCUGGGUCCAACCAGCAGCACUGGCCAGACGCCCCCGA